CUUCACCCACACACUCAAACCUAUUUCCCAACGCACAUUCAGCUUCAUCCACAGCCCGAAUCACCACCCACCAUGUCCACAUCCACCCCGUCCACAUCCCACACAGGCACCUGCCUCUGCCGCGCCAUCCACUUCACCGUCACCGGCCCCCCCACCGCAGUCUACUGCUGCUACUGCCGCGACUGCUCCCUCGGUGCCGGGGGACCCUGCCAGAUCACCGCACGCUACCCCCGCUCCCAAUUCGCCCUCGACAACACACAAGGACAGCUACGCACCUACGCGAUCACCGAGACUGCGAGCGGGGCCCCCAAGCACAAGUAUUUCUGCGGAAGGUGCGGAUGCACCGUCUACACAGUCCCGCGCGCAACCGAGGGCGGGGGAAUUGUUGUGGUGCGGCCGGCGUUGAUUCCUAAUGGAUUGGAAAUCUUCCGGCCGCAGAUUGAGUGUUUUACGCGGCAUCGGCCUGGGUGGUUUGCGGGGUGUGAGGCGGUGGGGGAGAGGUUUGAGGGGAGUUCGAGGGGUUAGGGUUUUGGUCUGGUGGUUGGAUUGCAGUUAUCAACGUGUCUGGAACAGGGGUGAGAGGUGGGGGCAAUUGGGGAUAUCUUAGAAGGUCGUUUGAGAAACGCUGUCUGACCGCUAGAGUUCUACUGAUCGAUUCCUAUUUGGUGCUGUCUGCAUUGUCUUGGUAUUUGCGGAUACGGAGAGGUGUUUUCCUGGGUUGUUGAUGGCCACUCGCAUUGAGGUGAUUGAGCUAGUAGACUGACAGGCACCUGCGGUGGCGAACUUUGCUUUUUUCGAGAUACUCUGGACAUUGUAGGGCGCUCUGCAUGAUAGGCACUAGGUCGAAUUUACCCCGCAAUACCUAGUCUAACGAGAUGAUGGUGGACUGGCGUGGCCAAUGAUCUCGACAAAUCCACCCAUCAAACUCGGU